GCUCCAGUAACUACUUCUCAAGCUAUUACUUCUGCUGAGAUCGAAAAGUUAAGUUCGAAAAUAGCAUCCUUAGAAGAAAAAUUAUCACAGCCUACUCAAAUACACCCUCAAAUUCCUCAAAAGAAUGAGGCGUUAGAGCACCUAUAUAUACUUGCACAGCGCUUAGGGUGCCCACAGGAAAUGCUUAAUCAAAAAAACGCCUCAACACUAAAUGGCUAUGUUACUGAAGAGUUAACACGAAGAUUAGGCGUUGUUGAAGCCUAUAUGGCUAAAGUCUCUGCCGUGCGGCCUAAAAAAGAACCUUUCCCCGAUCCACAAAUUUAUUU